GAAAGGGGGUGUGGCUUCUGGCAUGAAACAAGUGGAGACCAACUCCUAUGACAUCCAGCGGCUGCUACAUGUCAAGGGCAAGAGGAAUGUGGUGGCCGGAGAGGUGGAGCUGUCCUGGAAGAGUUUCAACCGUGGGGAUGUUUUCCUCCUGGACCUCGGGAAGCUUAUCAUCCAGUGGAACGGGCCAGAGAGUAACCGCAUGGAGAGACUCAGGGGCAUGACCCUGGCCAAGGAGAUCCGAGACCAGGAGCGGGGUGGGCGCACCUACGUGGGCGUAGUGGACGGGGAGGACGAGAAGGCCUCGCCGCAGUUGAUGGAGAUCAUGAACCACGUGCUGGGCCAGCGGAAGGAGCUGAAGGCCGCCGUGCCAGACACGGUGGUGGAGCCGGCACUCAAGGCCGCCCUCAAGUUGUACCACGUGUCUGACUCAGGGGGAAAUGUGGUGGUCAGAGAAGUCGCCACGCGGCCGCUCACACAGGACCUGCUCAGUCACGAGGACUGUUACAUCUUGGACCAGGGGGGCCUGAAGAUCUACCUGUGGAAGGGGAAGAAUGUCAAUGCCCAGGAGAAGAGGGAAGCCAUGAGCCAGGCACUGAACUUUAUCAAAGCGAAGCAGUACCCACCGAGCACGCAGGUGGAGGUGCAGAAUGAUGGGGCCGAGUCAGCCGUCUUUCAGCAGCUCUUCCAGAAGUGGACAGUGCCCAACCGGGCCUCAGGCCUGGGCAAAACCCAUGCCGUGGGCUCCGUGGCUAGGGUGGAACAGGUGAAGUUUGAUGCCACGUCCAUGCACGUCCAGCCUCAGGUGGCUGCCCAGCAGAAGAUGGUCGACGAUGGGAGUGGGGAGGUGCAGGUAUGGCGCAUUGAGGACCUAGAGCUGGUGCCUGUGGAUUCCAAGUGGCUCGGCCACUUCUAUGGGGGCGACUGCUACCUGCUGCUCUACACCUACCUCAUCGGCGAGAAGAAGUACUACCUGCUCUACAUCUGGCAGGGCAGCCAGGCCAGCCAGGAUGAAAUCACAGCCUCGGCCUAUCAAGCGGUCAUCCUGGACCAGCAGUACAACAAUGAACCAGUCCAGAUCCUGGUCCCGAUGGGCAAGGAGUCACCUCACCUCAUGUCCAUCUUCAAAGGACGCAUGGUGGUCUACAAGGGAGGCACCUCUCGGGCUAACAGCGUGGAGCCUGUGCCCUCCACACAGCUGUUCCAGGUCCGGGGCGCCAGCACCAACAACACCAAGGCCUUUGAGGUCCCGGCCCAGGCCGCCUCCCUCAACUCCAAUGACGUCUUCAUCCUCAAGACCCCGUCUUGCUGCUACCUGUGGUGUGGGAAGGGCUGUAGUGGGGACGAGCGGGAAAUGGCCAAGAUGGUUGCUGACACCAUCUCCCGGACCGAGAAACAAGUGGUGGUGGAAGGGCAGGAGCCGGCCAACUUCUGGAUGGCCCUGGGUGGGAAAGCCCCCUAUGCCAGCACCAAGAGGCUGCAGGAGGAAACCCUGGUGAUCACUCCUCGGCUCUUUGAAUGUUCCAAUCAGACCGGGCGCUUCCUGGCCACAGAGAUCCCUGACUUCAAUCAGGAUGACUUGGAAGAGGAUGAUGUGUUCCUGCUAGAUGUCUGGGACCAGGUCUUUUUCUGGAUUGGAAAGAAUGCCAAUGAGGCUGAGAAGAAAGCUGCAGCCACCACGGUGCAGGAAUACCUCAAGACCCACCCCAGCGGCCGGGACCCCGAGACCCCCAUCAUUGUGGUGAAGCAAGGACACGAGCCCCCCAUAUUCACGGGCUGGUUCCUGGCUUGGGAUCCCUUCAGGUGGAGAAACACCAAAUCCUAUGAGGCCCUGAAGGCGGAGCUUGGAAACUCUGGGGACUGGGGCCAGAUCACUGCUGAGCUCACAAACCCUAAACUAGAUGUGUUCAACGCUAACAGCAAUAUCACUUCUGGGCCUCUAACCAUCUUUCCCCUGGAGCAGCUGGCAAACAAGCCUGUGGAGGAGCUUCCCGAGGGUGUGGAUCCCAGCAGGAGGGAGGAGCACCUGUCUGUUGAGGAUUUCACCAAGGCCUUGGGGAUGACUCCUGCUGCCUUCUCUGCUCUGCCUCGAUGGAAACAACAAAACCUCAAGAAAGAAAAAGGACUAUUUUGAGAAGCAAGAGUAGCUGUGGUUUAAAGCAGUACCCUACCCCGCUUGCAGAGCUUCAUUUUGUUAUUACUUGUAUUAGUCCUAUAUUAAUGGAAGUGAAAAUUUACAGUUGUACCUGUGAGCAGCAGUCUGUGGCAAUGCCACUUCUGUUUAGUAAUCUACCUAUUCCUCCAGAAAGAUGAUUCCUCCAUAAGGAGCCUGUGGUCCCAAUUUCAGCUCUGAAGAAGGUGGUUGCAUUUUUUUCAUUUUUUUUUAUCCUGGGUGUUGCAUUACUUUUAAACCAUCCUGUUUUAGAGCUUUCCCUUCUUAGAAGAGCAGCCCAACACUUGAUGGAAGAGCCUUCCCUAGGCUUUUAUCAUGACUCAUUUUUAAUUACGGCAGGUGGGCUGAAGCAUUUUGCAGUUUUACAUCUUUCCGAGAGCAAUGGCUUUUCCUUUUCACAUAUACUUUUCUUACUGCCUUCCUCAGGUGAUGUUAAAGGGGACCCAUUCUUUGAAAGAGCUGAACGGCCCAGGUGAUGGCCCUAUUUAGGUUUCACAAUACUCACUAACCAGUACCCAGCGAGAGCAACAUAGCCACUAGGCCUAGGCUUGAGGCCUAACAGCAAGUAUGAAAUGCAAAUGCUACUUCACCCCCCUCUCUGGUACUCUUAAUAAUAAGGCAAAGGAAGAGCACAGUUAAGGCCCAUGCUGGGUUUAAAAACUGUUAUCCAGAACCUCUGCAAAGCUUCACAGGCUCCUCAGAUGAAAUCCACUGGAUGUUGGAGCUGACUCAGCCAUACCUGGUUUCCCAUCCCAUUCCCUUUAAGGUGUUAACAGUGCGCUUGAAAGUCCAAGUCAGAAGGCCAAAAGAAGGUGAUUUCCACAACUUCAACAACUGGUUAAGUGUCUGCAAGAAUAUGUCCUUUUCAGAAAUAACAGUUGAACCAACACAAGGUUAAUAAAGGCUUUAAUUUCACACACAGAAAACUCUAUGCAUAAUUUAAAAAGGAAACAAAAACCGUACAGGGUACAGAGGAACAGUUCUGCUAAAACACAGAUAAAGUGCCGCUCCAUACAAAACAACAUAAAGAAUCAGAAUCAAAAGUCACUCUGAACACAAAGAAAGAAAAUCACCUCACAAAUAAUGUGGCCAAAGCUGCCAGCAAACCUAGUAGUGGCUCAACUAGGCAAAAUGUAGGAAGCUUACUUCUGUUCUCCUCUCCGUAGCAUAAAUAAACAACACUGACAAUAGGCCAGAGAAGAUGGGGAUGGAAGGAAAAGAGGGGGACGGAAACCUAAAGACGAGAGGUGUGUACAACCACUGUGUCUCACUCUUCCACCCAUUCUAUUCUUGAAACAGACCAGUUCAGAUGACUGCUCUUCUGUUUUGGCAUUGCACCUAACGAACUCCAGUCCUGAUGCAGACCCUCAUCCACUCUAUUCUGACACCAGUGGACACGGCUCUACUUCAAACCUCUGCACUUUAAGUCCAAAUUACUGAAAUCAACUGCUUGUAUUCAUACUGGCACAUUUUUUAUUAAAAACUUCCAAACCUCAGACACAUAGCACACAUGGAAAGGAAAACACUAAUUGUGUGUAAAUAUGAUACAACAAAAGAGACUGCCUUAAGUUUAGUAAUCAAAGCAUGCCAUAAAGAAGUCAGUGGUCGUGGUGAGACACAGCAAAAGAAACCUGUCACAAAACUCUCAAGGCCUAACAAACUAUAGUUUUCCAAUAAAAUAAAUAUAUAUAUAUUUUUCAGAUGUUAAUAAGACAUUGGUAGAGACAAAAUUAGAAUUUUGAAGUAAUGCAUUAGAAAGAUGUUAGAGGGCAGAAAUCUGUUUAGUUUUUGCACACACUUAAAGAGCAUUACUCGGUGUAAAGCAAGAUGGGGAGGAGGAAAAAGAUGUUUCUGUUUUGGGGGGGACACUUUUAUGUGACUUGCAUCUAGUACUGGGUGUUGAUUUUUCUAAAAAUCUCCAUGUAUACACAAGAUCCACAUGUACUUGGAGAUCCAGCUCUGUUUCCCUGAUUUAAAACAAAAGGGCAAAAAUGGUUGGAUGACUAAGAGCAGCCACUGUAGUCGAUUUAGAGGACAGAGAAGAAAGAGGAAGAAGGGUAAUAUUUUUGUUUUAAUAUUAUCUCUGUUCAGUAGAUCACAAAUGAGUUUACAAACUACCUUUUUCCUGUAUGUUUUCAACGCCCAUGCUCUCUCUACACUCAUAAUGCUCCACUACAUAUGAGAUACUGCCAAGAACAUCUUUAAUUUAGGUGUUUCCGAAUAAUUUUCAUUAUACAACUAGCUGUACAUGUGUAGAGCUAUAUUUAUAGUUACAUAAUGGUAACUGCAAUAUGGAAGAAUAGGUAAAUUCAUGAAUUCACUUGCUGAGGUUUUAAUUCUUAAAGUUUCUCUUUUAGAAGAAUUUUACACUUGAUCAGCGAGAGAAAUAAAGAAAUGUCUGGUCUAGUAUUUGCCUCCCAGAGUUAAUGAACUGAUCUUUAAGUAUCGCUGCAUACUUCUUAAAAUGUAAACACAUUUACAUUUGUUAUUGAGCCAGUAAGUUAGGCCUGAAAUUAACAGACCAUGGCAAGUAAACAAGUAGCUCUUGGAAUCAAAAUAUAAAUAGAAGAAUAAUUCAUGGACUUGCUUCUUAUUCUAUACUGCUGAAACAGAACUUCUGAGUCUGUACACAUAAAUAUAUUCCCUACAAAACAGACUCUGUCUCCUUAUAGGCCUAAAUUAUAGUCAGGGCUUCUAAAGUGAUAGCAGCAUCUGGGCACGUGCAACUUUCCAAUCCUCUGUAAUAAUGUUAGGUGAUAAUAAUCAACAAGUUUGAAUUUUAGUUUAGCUUUCCCUUCCAAAAAAUUCCAAUUAAGAUCAGUUGUGUGUAGAACUAAGAACUGUCAAGUUCCAAUUCAAAGUCAUUUAAAGUAAUGUAACAUUAGUCAUUGUGCAAGCUGCCUGGAACUGAAGCUCUCUGUCCCUACCUAACUUGUCCCUUUCGGGCACCAACAUGCCAAAUGCCCCAUUCCCCGAUUCUGAGCAAACUGCACAAAAAAUAUUAUCUACUUGUAAUUUUUAAAUACAUACAGUCAGCUCAAAAAAACAACAAACUCCAUCAUCAUGGUCCAGCUGAACUCUCCAUGUGUAGUCAUUAAUCCUUCACUGAACCAAAAUGAGAAAGUAACUCUGUAGUGAAAGGGGUAAUAGUUGAAGGAGUGAAGGGAGAGAGGAAGGCUGACCAGGCCAAAACAAUGGACAGACAUCAAGGAAAUUUCAAGUCCCAAACUUGCAAGUAUAUGAGCAGUGACAUAACUCAUCUACUUUUUUCAACUAAUAAUUCCUGCCUUAGACAUGAAGAGCAAAUCAAAUUAGGUUCAAGCCAAGUGUACUUCUAAACCAUACACACACAAAAGCUAUGAAAAGCAAGUCAAACGAGGGUACUUCAUGGGCAACCUAGGCUUAUGGCAUUAUAUCUAUUUGUUUAAAUGCCCUGAAUGCACCCACUCAUGUCAAAUCAUUCCCAAUCAUUUUUAACAGCAUCUCUCAAAAGCUCUCAAAUACAGACACAGAGAAGUAAUAAACAGCUAAAGAAUUUGAUUAUCACUUCACUCACAUAUGAGAAAACCAGUUAUUUUCAAGAAAAAAAAAAAGGCUCCCCAGUGGAAAUAAACAAAAUUUUAAAAGCUAGUUUUUUUAAACAAGUAUUUUCCUCUGCUCUAUACUACUCCUGCAUAUCCUACCACCGUACCACUUUGGAACGUUCACUACAUUAACAGGUAGGUAAAUGGUAGGAGACAAAGCUUUUAUCAGUAGUUAAGCAAAAGUGCUGGGGCCAUUUACAAUUCAAAGAUUCAAUAUUUUAGAAUAGGUUACUCUGUCAGAACACAUCCAAGUUUCAAGAGUAGGGCUGGAGCUCUCUUAAGGCAAUCUUCCAGCACAGAUGUUACAUCUUCUGUUAUGCUGGACUUAAAAAUGAAAGAAAAUGUUGAAGGUUUCACUUUGCUAUACUUAACUCUGCGGGAUCCUAAUGAUUCCUGGGCUCACAAAAUUAUUUUAGGAACAAAAUUCUACUCUCAAACUCAUUCUUUAUAUGGUUUCACAAGCUGCUUAACCAAGCUGGUUCUGUCAGCUGAGUGACUAACACAGCACUUAAUGUUGAACCCCAUUUAACCUCAACUCAAAGCACCUAAAAAGUAAGAUAAUUAUGCACCUUUGUUAUUUGUUAGUUCUUGGAAUUACCUAAACCAAUCAUAUUUUAAUUCUCAUCCUUUUUUAAGGGCAAAGCCAGACAGCAAAUGGUUAUAUGUUUAAGAUUUAUCCUAUAGCUCAUGUGCUUAAUUUCACCCUUGAAGCAGGGCUUUCAGCUUUAGUGGUCCAGAGUUUCAGCUUUAACACAAGAAUACUCCUCCUGACCUCUCUAUGUAUGGGAGACAGAGAUGCUAGCAUUCUUCAUAUUCUCUAGGUAAUCUUGUAGGGGAGUCCCAAUUGGGACAACAUCACUUUCCUACCUCUUAAAGUUUUGGCUGCAGUCUGUUAGGGUAAUGCUUGCUCCAUGGAAGAAUGACACAGAAGAAAAAUAAAAGAUUCUAUCUUCACCAUGGUAAUAAUAUAGAUGAUAUACAAUGAAAAUACUGUGUGAAGGAAUCUCUUUAAAGAAAAUACAAAGUGUACAAUGAAUACCAAAUGUGGGAACAUAACACAUUCCAAAGCACCAACAAUCCAUUUCUUGGGACUGCACGUAAACAGCAAAAGCAUUACAAAUCCAUGAAAUAAUUUUUUUUAAAAAAGCUCCUCAAGUCAGGUGGCAGAAAUGUCCCUCCUUUGUCAGGAGGACAAACUGUCAUUAGUGUAACAUGGAGAGCUGGCUUUCCAGUGAACUUUACUAAUAGGAAACACACACAUGAAAGAUUACAGACUUGAGUGAAACUACUCAAGGAACAUAAAAGCUAAAUGCCAAGUGAUAUGUAUAUCUUCACACAUUUCUCAAGUGAAUGGACUCUUUGACAACUUCAUUUCGUCUCCAAACUGCUGUGCUAUUAAUUUUGAGCAGGCAUACUCUGGUGGGCUAUCCUAACUCUUUAAGGCUCCAUUCAUUCCACAUAUAUGUGUGUGUAUGUGUGUGUGUGUAUGUACAUAUAUAUAUAUUUACAACAUGUAUUCCUAAGACAAAAGGAAGUGCCACUCUUGUAGGAGAAAAAAAGGAUAAUCAGCUACAGAUGUGAGACCAAAGUUUCCAU